AUGUCUGAUGAAAAACUACCGCUGAUCCAUAAGAAUACCAUCAAAUACUACACUAACGACAAGGUUUCGAUAUUCGAAAGACGGCGGAGAAAAAAAGAAUUGAAAGAGUAUUAUAACCGUUUGGACCAACUGAAUGAGCUGUACGAAAAAGAUCGAAAAGUAAUAGAGGAUGUGAAGAAAGAAACGACGGAUGAACAGGCCGCGGAUCGUCUCAUCGCGAAGCUCUCAAUUGCGAUGAACGUUGCCCUAAUGUUCAUCAAUCUGCUCGCCGCUUAUCUAUCGGGCAGUUUAUCAAUUGUUAGCGCAUUCGUCGACUCGAUGAUGGAUGUAAUGAGCGGAGUGAUCAUUGGAAUAUGUUUGAACAUGAUCGAAAACACCAACAGUUUCAAUUAUCCUCGCGGUAGAGCACGACUCGAACUCGUCGGAGUGAUCUUGUGCUCGAUUAUAAUGGGUAUCGCAAACACCGCAUUGGUUAUGGAAUCAGUAUCAGUCAUAAUUAGCGGAAAUAUAAAUCCCGUCAUGGAUUUCACGACAUUGUCCCUUCUCCUCGGCGGUUCGGCCACCAAACUAAUACUAUGUAUAGUUUGCUAUCGAAGAGGGACCUCCUCCUCACUCGUCCUCGCAAUGGACAUGCGGAAUGACAUCUGCACCGCAAUGGUCGCCAUCGUCUGCGCAACAAUCGGACAUCGCUAUUGGAUGUACGCCGAUCCGGCCGGCGCCAUUUUGGUGUGCGGUGUCAUUGCGACAUCCUGGUAUCGCAAUGCUUUGGAACAUCUGCCGCAUCUAGUUGGUCGUCGAGCAGCCGCUGAAAAUCUCUCUCGAAUCCUCAAAAUUGUCAUUGAACAUGACGAUCGAAUCAAAAAAAUCGACCAUGUGCUUGUGUAUCAUACCGGUUUGGAAGCUCUCGUCGAAUUGCACAUCGUAAUGGACGAGCAAAUGAUGCUCAAAGAAGCGCACGACAUUGCUCAGAGUUUGGAAAAAACGCUGAUGAAGCUCGAUUUUGUCGAACGCGUUUUUGUGCAUUGUGAUUAUGAAUGUGAUUGGGAUGGGUCCGACUAA